AUGCGCCGAAGUUUUUGGUAGCGAUUUCACCCUCAUGUACCAUCCCGUACCUGCACACCACUCGCGUCUCGUCCAUCAUCUUCAUCUAAAAAUCCUUCCACCUCAACCUUCGACAACAUCGACGCCGCUACUCGAGAUGGCUGCUUCUCUGGCAGCUGCCCUGCCGAAGCCUAAGUACACGGGCGAGGACGAAGAAAUCCCGGCGUACGCCCAACAACGCGGACCGAGAAUUGUUGGAGCCGGCCAAAUUGACGAGUCGCAGAUUGUUCUCCGAAGAACCGGCCCACCGCCGUAUGGGCAACGAAGAGGAUGGCGUCCGCGAGGCCAGGAGGAUUUCGGCGAUGGUGGCGCGUUCCCCGAAGUACCCGUCGCCCAGUACCCUCUGUCAAUGGGGAAGGAAUCCAGUACAAGCAAUGCACUAGCCAUCCAAGUUGACGCUACUGGCAAGGUGAAAUACGACGCGAUCGCGAAACAGGGCCAUAGUGAGGGAAGGAUAAUCCACUCGUCAUUUAAGGACCUGAUACCGCUCCGGCAACGCGCAGAUGCAGGCGAGAUCACCCUGGACCGGCCGAGCGAGGAGCAGGUGGCGGAAACGACAGAACGGACGAAGAAUGCGCUCGCCGCGCUCGUCAGCGGCGCUGUGGCGGCUCAGAAGCCUAAGAAUGUCAACAUCGGUCAGCGGAAGGAUCCCACGUUUGUGCGCUACACGCCGGCGAAUCAGAUGGGAGACAACUCGAAGAAGCAGGAUCGCAUCAUGAAGAUCGUAGAAAGGCAGAGGGAUCCCAUGGAGCCGCCCAAGUUUAAGCACAAGAAGAUUCCUCGAGGGCCUCCUAGUCCACCACCGCCCAUCAUGCACUCGCCGCCACGGAAGUUGACCGCCGAAGAUCAGGAGAUGUGGAAGAUCCCGCCCCCGGUAUCUAACUGGAAGAAUCCCAAGGGAUUCACAGUUCCUUUGGACAAGCGAUUGGCUGCGGAUGGUAGAGGGUUGCAAGAUGUGACUAUCAACGACAAGUUUGCGCAGUUCUCUGAAGCACUAUUUAUGGCGGACCGACACGCUCGCGAAGAAGUCCGACAGCGAGCGCUCAUGCAACAGAGGCUUGCGGAAAAGGAGAAGGCACAGAAGGAAGAAAACCUACGGAUGCUUGCGCAGAAAGCCCGAGAAGAACGUGCAGGCGCCUCCAAACGCCGGGACUCUCGCACAUCGCGCGAUUCCCGAUCGCGGUCACGUAGCUACAGCCACUCCGAUUCAGGCUCGGACAGCGACUCGUCGGAGGUUCGGGAGAGAGAAAAGGCGCGUCAAGAGAGGCGCCGGGAAGAGGAGCGGAAACUUCGCCAGUCUCGCAUGGGCGCGGAAAGGCGAAUCCAGGUCAUGGCACGAGAGCAAAACCGCGACAUCUCGGAGAAGAUCGCUCUGGGGCUGGCAAGACCGACGCAGCAGGCCGAAUCCAUGUACGACUCACGUUUGUUUAACCAAUCCAGCGGUUUCGACAGCGGCAUCAACGAGGACAACCCGUACGACAAGCCGCUAUUCGCAGCGCAAGAUGCGAUUAGUAGUAUAUACCGUCCGAGCCAGAACACGGACGAGUACGACGACGAAGGGGCGGGAGACCGGGAAAUGGCCAAGAUCCAGAAGACGAGCCGCUUUGGCGAGGUCCUAGGCAAGGGGACGUUCAAGGGGGCCGGCGAUGCUGAGGUGCGAGAAGGACCGGUGCAGUUUGAGAAGGAUGGCGCGGGCAACGAUCCAUUCCAGAUGGACAAAUUUAUGGCCGAGGUCGACCAGAGCUCGUCGUCGAAGAGAGGCUACGGGCUGCAGGAAGGAGAGUCUAGACAGCCGAAACGUGCCCGAGUCGAGGACGACGACUGAAGAAGAGCCACCACGGUCACGGUUCGAGAGCGGUUCCUAUGGUGGUUGGUGGGGCGCAUGCUGGCAUAGUUAUUGGCGAGGUGGAUGGCGAGGCGGAUGGAUAGGGAGGCCGUCUGACCGAGGAGAGAGAGGUGCUGUCUUCAUCUGAAGACGUAGCCGUACCUGACCGACCUGCCUUACUGAUGUCUAUAGACGGGGCCAGGGGUAUCACCCAGCAGACGCUCCGUAAUUAUGUACACUUCCAUUCUGUCCUUAUAUGUCUCGUCACCGGAGUAAUUUCUUUCGAAGGAUACUUCCCCGGCGCAUGGGUUCUCCUCGUCGCGAAGCCAUCGAAUUGUGUAAACUCAACUCUCGCCGUCCGCUUCGUCUCGUUUCACGCCGUCUCUAGUUGCCCGAGGGCCGACCUGGCACGGCGCCCAGAAGUGCGGAUCCGCCGGUUGGGUGCAUACUUGCAGUGUGCUCUGGCGAUAACACGAGGUUUCGGUCUUGGCACAUCGCCGCAUGGGGACAAGCUGAUCCAGUAGGUGAACCCGACACGUUCUGGUUUUAUAUGCAUGCGUGGGUUUAUAUGGGGAGGGGGGUUGUGAUUCGGAAGAUACCUAGCUAAUCGACGGGCCAGAAGGGGCCGUGCCUAGCUUAAAUCCAUCCGAGGGGCGACGGGAUCGUACUACAUAGGUAGUACCUACAUAGCUACCUACCUCAUAGCUACC